UUCUGCUAUUGAAAAUAUUUUCAAUUUAUUCGUUUAUAUAAUGACAGUGAGUAAAAAAACAAAUUCGUCUAUCGAACUUGGCCAAUACAAUGGAGUUAGCAAAGAUAUCAACGGAUCAGAAUCUUCAAAUGAUAUUCGAAAUUCUGACGAAAUUAAACCUUUUUUACGAGAAGAAACUAUGAGAAAAAUAAAAUCUGUUGCUGGACAUGUCGGUCUUUUAAUAACAUUGAUGGUUUAUACGGCAGCCGGUGGUAUGGUUUUUCGACAGAUCGAGCUUCCAGCAGAAUUAGCAAGAUUAGAAAGAUUACGUACGAAAUUACGUACGCAAAGAUACAGAUUUCUCGAUACGAUUUCUAACAAUACCGAUGUGACCAACUUGAGAACUCUGGUGAACGUAAAAUUACGAGAAUACGAGGAGGCGAUUCAAGAAACUGCCGAAGCUGGUAUGUUGGUCAGUUUCGUAACGGAAGCCAUUGAACAGGAUGAUCGAGGAUUGGCAGAGUUACCAGCGAUUUCUACCGAUCGCUGGAGCAUCCUUCAAGCUGUAUUUUUUGCUAGCACGGUUCUCACAACGAUCGGCUACGGAAACGUAGUACCGUCAACGAAUUAUGGAAGAAUUUUUUGCAUUCUCUUCGCCAUCAUAGGAAUUCCCUUAACCUUGACCGUAAUUGCCGAUUGGGGCAAACUUUUCGCCGAGGCUGUUGUCCAGUUAACUGUUAUAGCAAAAUCGAGAUUAUCGUUCCUAACAGCCACACCUUGCUUUACUAUGAAUCUAGCUGGGAGAAGAUCAGUUGGUGCAGUCGCAGCAGUAGCAUUACUUUUCGUAUAUUUGGCGUGCGGCGCAGGUAUGUUCAUGCUUUGGGAAGACGAUUGGGGCUUUUUCGAAGGGUUUUAUUUUUGUUUCGUGACGAUGACUACCAUAGGAUUUGGCGAUCUUGUUCCCAAGAAGCCAAAGUAUACGUUACUGUGUACCUUAUACAUCCUGGUGGGCUUAGCAUUGACCAGUACCAUCAUAGAACUAGUGAGAAGACAGUACGCUCAAUCUUGGAGAAGAUUGCAAGCAUUGAGCGGACCCUUGGCAGAAACGAUUCGAAGAUUAGGUGAACAUGCUGGUGGUGAUAUGUCGGCUCUUCAUUCUGAUCUGAGGAAAGUAUUAACAGUGGUCUCGAUGCCACGAUUAAAGUGGUCACAAUCGGAUCGAUCAGAUUCCAAAGAAAAAGAAUGGGAAGAAGCUGUUGAAGCCGUAUUACGAGAUAUCGCAGCAUCCGCAACGACAACACCUCCGAAAAAACCGAUCGUUCAAAUCGUCGUUUACGAGUCGAGCGUUUAAAUCAUCUAGAAUUUAAUUCAUCUAGAAUCGUUACAAAUAAUAAUUCGAUAUAGAAUCAAUAUAUUUAUCUAUAUCGACGAUUCGAUAUUAUAAAUAGUAACUAGUAGAAAAUUAAUAACAAAAAAAAAAUAAAUAAAUAAAUACACGAAUAUAUUACGAUCGACAUAAAUAUGUUUACGAGAGAGAAAACGACAAAUAUAUUUAAAUUUCCCGCGUUAUAGUUUUCACGUGACGUCACGAUAGAAAUAGAAAGAAUGUAUAGAAUCAAAAAAAAAAAAAAGAAAAAGAAAAUUAACGUAGAGUUACGUAGGUAUAAAUCGCAAAAUCGAAUUUGAAUUUUCCCGCGCUGUGGUAGAUUUCCAACUCUCGCGUGACGUCACGAGAAAGAGAGAAAGAGAGAGAGAGAAAGCGUCCAUAUUGAAACGACUCCCGUAGUUUCGAUCGACGAUUCUCUACGUCGAAUAAAAAUUAUUAAAAGAAUUUACGAAAGCAGAAAAAUAAACAAACAAACAAAUAAAUAAAUAAAUAAAUAAAUAAAACGCUGGUGAAGUUACAUAGGUAUAAAUCGUGAAAUCGAAUUUGAAUUUUCCCGCGUUGUGGUGGGUUUUCAAUUGUCGCGUGACGUCAUGAGAGAGCGAGCGAGCGAGCGAGAGAGAGAGAGAGAGAGAGAGAAAGAGAGGAAGAGAGAAAGAAGGGAUAGAAAGAAAGCAUCGAGUCGGAAAGAGUGGGGCGAGUCGUAGCUUCGAUCGACGUCGCGAGAGGUUUGGUUUUUGUUAAUAAAGCAGAAUUUUACUUCAGGGUCGUUCCCUCUAUAUUUAGAGAUAUUAAGGGAGGGAAAGAGGAAACAGUAAUAGAGAUACAUAGGAGAGAGAGAGAGAGAGAGAGAAAGAGAAAGAAAAAGACAA